GCCGCUGGGUUCCGCUCGCAGUCGGGCGGCCGGCGGCUGAGGCGGACAUGGCUGUCUCGCUGCAGCGCAUCGAACGGCUGUCCAGUCGGGUGGUGCGCGUGCUGGGUUGUAACCCGGGUCCCAUGACCCUGCAGGGCACCAACACCUACCUGGUGGGGACCGGCUCCAGGAGAAUCCUCAUUGACACUGGAGAACCCUCAAUUCCAGAAUAUAUCAGCUGUUUAAAGAAAGCUCUGGCUGAAUUUAACACAGCAAUCCAGGAGAUCCUAGUGACUCAUUGGCAUAAGGAUCAUUCUGGAGGCAUAGAAGAUAUUUGUAAAGACAUCAAUAAUGACACUACCUAUUGCAUCAAAAAACUUCCACGGAACCCUCAGAAAGAAGAAAUUAUAGGAAAUGGAGACCAACAAUAUGUUUAUCUGAAGGAUGGAGAUGUGAUUAAGACUGAGGGAGCCACUCUAAAAGUUAUCUACACACCUGGCCACACUGAUGACCACAUGGCUCUACACUUGGAAGAGGAAAAUGCUAUCUUUUCUGGGGAUUGCAUCCUUGGGGAGGGAACAACUAUAUUUGAAGACCUAUAUGAUUAUAUGAACUCCCUAAAAGCGUUAUUGAAAAUCAAAGCUGCUAUUAUAUAUCCAGGACAUGGCCCAGUAAUCCAUGAUGCUGAAGCUAAAAUUCUACAAUAUAUUUCUCACAGAAACAAUCGAGAAGAGCAAAUCCUCACAUUAUUUCGUGAUAACUUUGAAAAAUCAUUUACAGUGAUGGACAUGGUAAAAAUUAUAUACAAGAAUAUUCCUGAGAAUUUACAUAAAAUGGCUGAACAUACUCUCUUGCUUCAUUUGAAAAAACUAGAAAAAGAUGGAAAAAUAUUUAGCAACAUGGAUCCUGACAAGAAAUGGAGAUCUGUACUUUAGUUUCAGAUUAAUGAAAGUCUGGCUCAGUUUGAUUUAAGAACAUGAUAUCUUUCCUUACCUAUAAAUUAUUUACAGAGAAUAUAGAAUGUGGAGCUCU